AUGGGAGGAGUAUCAGCAACUGUGUACAGAGGAAUCACACGAUACUGGCGUCGGAAGGGAUACGAGAGGCUAAAUGGAUCCCUCGCCUGUCGAGGAAGGAAAUCUCGUGCGGUGGAGCUAGGUGUUGCCGAUGGUUCUAGCCGUCGACGGCGGUUCUGGAGGAUAAAAUUGACUCCAAAGCUGAAGCUCAAGCUCCGGUUCACGCCGAAGAAGUUUUUGUGCGGAUUGCGCGAUGCAUACGUGAAUAUGAUGAUGAAACUUGCGAACACGAGAAUGAUCAGCAACGGAUUUGCUGGCGGAUACGCCGGAGAUGGAGCGACUGGAUUCGGAAUGAGACCGAUCAAGGAGUAUGAUGAAAGGAUGAUUGUGGAGAUCUACAAAUCGAUUAUCAUGGCGCAAGGUCAAUUGAUGCCGCCAGAAUUGGCUCCGGGAUUGCAUGCCUACGAUCCACAGCCAGAUUGGAGCUUUGAUAACUUAUUAUCAGAGAUCGAUACAAUAGAAAAGAAGCUUAAUCUAGAAGUGACUGUCAGUGAUAGUGAAGAGGAGGUUGAAGAUUCGUCCAUGGUCGUGGGCACUCGAUUUUCUUGUGAUGAAUUCUAUAUGAGUGAUGAUUCUAAAGAUAAAAUUCUUCUUGGAAUCCCAUGUUUGAUGAAUAAAGUGGGAUUAGUGCAAGGAGCGCUCUCCUAG